CCAAUAUCCGAUCCCGUGUUCCAAGGGGAAGAAAGUUGGACCCUAUCUCCCCUGAAUAAUCUAUAAAUACCUUCCACACAUCUUUGCCUCCUAACCAGUAAACCCAAGAAUUUCCAUACAACGUAGUUGUUCUUCUUUGCGCGUUUGAAUUUGGCAUUUAGCAAUGGAACUUCAUUCUAAAUACCAAGUGGUCCUUGUUUGCGUGAUGCUGCUCUUACCUGCUCUAUGCUUAUCCCAAGGCUUCACAGAUUCCAGAGCCACCUUUUACAGUACCUCUGAUGGCUAUGGAACUUCAACCGGAGCUUGUGGAUAUGGCGAUUACGGCAGAACUGUAAACCACGGGAGGGUUGCAGGCGUGGCCGGCUUAUGGAGAGGUGGCGCUGGAUGCGGUGCUUGCUACCAGGUGAGGUGCAAGAACUCAAGAUUAUGCGAUAACUACGGCACGAUGGUGGUGGCAACAGACUACGGAGCAGGUGAUAGGACGGACUUCAUAAUGAGUCCCAAUGGCUUCUCAAAACUGGGACGAAACCCAAGUGCAUCGGCAGAGCUCAAGAAAUACGGCGUCGUGGACGUCGAAUACAGGAGGGUACCCUGCACAUAUGCUGGCUACAACGUGCGUAUCAAGAUCCACGAGUCCAGCAGAUACCCAGACUACCUUGCUCUUGUAAUUCUCUACGUGCCUGGAAUGAACGACGUCACUGCCGUUGAGAUAUACGACAAUGAUCGCAAUGAAUGGAUGCCAAUGAGAAGAGUGUACGGGGCGGUGUUUGACAUAGUGGGUGCACCAAGUGGACCACUGAGUCUGAGGCUGCAACUCAGUGGAAGAACAGGUUGGGUGCGGUCGAGCAAGAGUGCCAUUCCUGGGGAUUGGAAGAUUGGAGCUUCUUACGACUCUCUAGUUAAGGUCUAAAACUUGGAUCCUGAAUAACGAGGGGAACACGUAACUUGUGUGGCUCCAAGAACGCAAGCUGUCUGUUGUCGUGUCCGCUAAAAAUUAAAUGAUAUGGCUGCUGGAAUAAAUGAAUAAUAGGGGUUUGUGUAUUUUCCAUUUGUGACGGAAUUAUUAAUACGUGAACAAAGAAACCUCUUUCGUUAA